UGCUCCACUCCGACAGACGGCCAACUUGAUCGGAGGGAACCAGCGACGCAAGCCGCUGCUGCCGAGUCCCCGGCAGCAACCAGCCACUUGUCUGUCUGGGAGUUUAGCUAGCUAAGCUAACGAGCUGACUUAGUCUUGGUUAUACAGGGGCGACAGAUGUGCUGUUAGAAAAUCUGGGCGGUAGAGUUAAAUCAGAGUACUGUAAUAUUUUUUUUAAGUUUCAAUUUAAAAUGUCUAUAUUACCGUUCACUCCCCCAAUCGUGAAGCGGCUUCUUGGCUGGAAGAAGGGAGAGCAAAACGGGCAAGAGGAGAAAUGGUGCGAAAAGGCUGUCAAAAGUCUUGUCAAGAAGUUGAAGAAGACGGGACAGUUGGACGAGUUGGAAAAAGCCAUCACAACACAGAAUAUCAACACGAAAUGUAUAACCAUACCCAGAUCUUUAGAUGGCCGUCUCCAGGUCUCCCACAGAAAAGGUCUUCCUCAUGUCAUCUACUGUCGCUUAUGGCGCUGGCCAGACCUGCAGUCCCACCAUGAGCUGAGGGCUGUCGACCACUGUGAAUUUGCCUUCCACACCAAGAAGGAUGAAGUCUGCGUCAACCCCUACCACUACCAGAGGGUGGAGACACCAAUUUUGCCUCCUGUCCUAGUUCCACGACAUACAGAUAUCCCAGCAGAGUUUCCACCGUUGGAUGACUAUAGCCCAUCCAUCCCUGAGAACACCAACUUCCCUGCUGGCAUUGAGCCCCAGAGUAACUAUAUUCCUGAAACUCCCCCACCAGGGUAUCUGAGUGAGGAUGGUGAGACAAAUGAUCACCAGCUCAACCACAGCAUGGACACAGGUUCACCCAGCCUGUCGCCCAAUCCUGUGUCACCCGCAAACAGUAAUCUUGACUUACAACCUGUGACGUACUGCGAGUCUGCCUUCUGGUGCUCUAUCUCCUACUAUGAGCUGAACCAGCGUGUAGGAGAGACCUUUCAUGCCUCCCAGCCCUCCCUCACUGUAGAUGGAUUCACAGACCCCUCCAACUCUGAACGCUUCUGUCUGGGCUUGCUGUCCAACGUCAACCGCAACUCAGCAGUAGAGCUCACGCGCCGACACAUAGGACGGGGCGUGAGGUUGUACUACAUUGGGGGAGAGGUGUUUGCAGAGUGUCUCAGUGACAGUGCCAUCUUUGUGCAGAGUCCCAACUGCAACCAGCGCUAUGGCUGGCAUCCUGCCACUGUCUGCAAAAUCCCACCAGGCUGCAACCUGAAGAUCUUCAACAACCAGGAGUUUGCUGCUCUGCUCGCCCAGUCAGUCAACCAGGGCUUUGAGGCCGUCUACCAACUCACAAGGAUGUGUACCAUUCGCAUGAGUUUUGUCAAGGGUUGGGGAGCUGAGUAUAGACGUCAGACAGUGACCAGCACCCCCUGCUGGAUAGAGCUGCAUCUCAAUGGCCCUUUGCAAUGGCUGGACAAGGUCCUCACACAGAUGGGCUCUCCCAGCAUCCACUGCUCCAGUGUGUCGUAGGAGCAACACAUGCUUCCCAGAAACCCCUUUUCUCCUCCAAACACUUAUACACAAACCACAUAGGAAAACUCAAGCAUCUCUUGGUAAUGACAGAGAAAGAGACGCCAUUCAUCAAAUCAGCAAAUCACUCUCCUCACUCGCUGUCUAACAUUUCACCUCACAUCUAGAGCACUUUCCUUAGUACCAUUUAGUGUCUGCAUUUGAUGGUAAUUUUAGGACUUGUACAUGUUUUGUUUUCAUGUGUUCAAUGGCAGCAACAGGGUAUUUACAAUAGGUUUCAAAAGACUAACCACAUUUUCAUCAUUAUUCAUUCAGGCAUCAUGUCUAUGCUUACUGUUGUAUUUCUUUUUAAUAAGGGAGAUUGAAAUGUUUGUCUCCCAAGUUGAAGUUAUGGUGCAUUUUCAGCUUUGCCACCUUUUACAUGUUUCAAAACAUUUUUGAUUCUAUGAAUUAGCUAAAAUUAUGAAUACACUAUCAUCACUGGUGUUUUCAGUGUCCCAGUACCACUCUUUGUGAUCGCUGAAUUGGGUGGCUUAUUUAUCAAUUGAACCAUAUACUAACAUUAAAAAUGCAAUUCUGAGUACCUAUUAAAUAGAAUAUAUUUAAUUAAUAUUUUAAGUACAUGGUACUUUGCCCAUACUGAUUUAUCUGUAUUGAUGAAAGUGUCAAUUAUCUGAUUGAUCAUGUAAUUGGUAUUUUAUCUAACAAAAUAUAGACAUUAGCACCAUUGUUUCUUGAAAAGAACCCUUGUAUGAAAACUAUUUUGCUCAGUGAAAGAGACAUUUUAUAAGUUAUUUUUGCAUACUGUCCUGCAUGGGAAUAUAUUUUUUUUAAUGCCUCAAUAUGAUUGUACAUAAAUAUUUAUAGCUUGUGAUUUCUUGUAGUCAUGCAUUGCUUGAAACAGUGGACCUGACUGACCUCUGGCAUGAGUAGAUUCACAAAAGGACUUUGCUUUAAUGACCCAAAACUUGGCCUACUUAAAUGCAGGCUUUUCUAACCCGGUUCAACUGAUUCUUAAGUGUGACACAUAGGAUUACAAUACCAGCUAUUACUGUUGUGCAUAAUAGCGACAUAGAGUACGAAAUACAGUAUGAGUGAUCAUAGUGGACUGGUUGAUUGUGUGACUUCAGUGUGAAGGGUACUCACUAGCAGUAACCAAGGCUAUGGUAAAUGCAGGUCUUUUCACAUAUUACCAACUAUUAGCCAGUAGUACACUGUGCUCCUUGUAGGUACAUGAUGCACUUCCGACUUAGUGUGUUGAUCAGUGUAAAGCUUUAGUUCUAGUGGUAGUUUGCUUGUCCAGUAAAUACUGUAUAUCACAUGUACAUUGCUACAAUAUAAGGCAUGUAAUAUGCUCGCAGUCUUUGGUCAUUGUCUAUGAAGCCACCAUAUUUAUCCUGCACUUACUUAUAGUACAUAAGUCUGAGUCACCAUGUAAUCUACUUUAAACGGUUACAUGGUGCUAAACUGAAAUACUGUGUACUACAGUGCAUUAGGUAGUUGGUAGAUCUGUAUCAGUACAUGUGUUCCUUGAUAUUUUUAGUUGGUGGUAUUCAAUUCCAAGUCUUAUGUACAUGUUUGUUCAUGUAGCCUAAUAUUUGUUCUCAAAUGACCAUUGUUUUGUUAUCUGUGAAAAUUUAAUAAAUUGCAACUGAGUAAAAAAAAC